AUGGACACUAUUUCCAAAGUGCUAAACCAAUGCCUGAAAGACUUUACAGCACUAACAACAUCAGACGACCUCACCCGGUAUGAAACCGAAGUGCCACAUCGUCGCUGGCUCGAUGAACUGGGCCGACUCCGGGUUUGGUCGGGAAACAUUGGAGCACAUCAAGUCGGCCAGUCGUCACUGGACUAUCGCCUUCGAGACGCUUCGCAUCUCAAGAGCGAAGCUAUCAAGCUCUUAAGUCGGAUGUUGCGGGUCCUGCAGGACGUGAAGGAGGUAGCCAACGAAGGAAGGGACGAGAAUGUCGAUAUUGAACUCGAAGAUGAGGAUGACAACAUGGAUGAUAUGACAGAGAUACAACAGCUUUACCAGAGUCUGGUUGAUAUUAUCAAUCUCCUAUUCCAGAUCUCCAUGGCUAUUCGCAAGCCCGCCGACCACGAUCGCCUCCUAAACAUGAAAACUAAGAACGAAUCAUACUUCGAACCAUGGGCCCAGCAACACAUCUCACACAAAUACCCGGAGGCAGGAAAUGGCGUGGUUAGCCGACUGAGUGCUGCCAUGGCGAGACAGAAGGCCAUCUUGAAAUAUCGCGAACGGCACAGAGCAAAGCUUGGAAAGGGACUAUUUGAGUACAUUGGAACAGACUCGACGAAGCUCUCGGAGACAGAAGCAACGGAAAUGGCCACUGGUAAUGAUCAACUACAUUUCCUUGAAACGGCCUCCAACUCGGGCCUCUCUCAAACGUCCUACGCAACAAGCUUGAUUACAACACAGGAUGCAAUCUCAAUUCCCAAUCCGCCCAGGAAGUCUAGGGAUAAAAAGCCAUUUGAGUGCCCUUAUUGCUUUCAUGUAAUUAGCAUCAAACAUAAGAAGGACUGGGCUCGCCAUGUUUUCCGGGAUCUGAUGCCGUAUGCCUGUCUAUCAAGGGAUUGUCCUACUCCAUCAAAGCUCUACGAGAGUCGGCACCAGUGGUCUCAUCACAUGCGUGAGAUACACCCGGAGGUGGCCGCAGCUCAGAAUGGUUUCACCUGCCCGUUAUGUCAAAUCAAUGUUCAACCACCGGCUUCUUUUGAGAAGCAUGUUGGCCGACAUCUGGAGGAACUGGCACUAUUUGUCUUGCCUCGAACGGAUCUAAGUGAGGAGGACAACUCGGAAGUGUCAUCACCGGCCACAUCUAUCAUUGCAGUGGGGAACGAUAGUGAUGAAAUUAUUGGCUCGGAGGGGAUUAAAUCCGAUGUUGGGCCCCAUAGUAGUCAUGGUGUUGCUAGUGGUGACGACUCGCAACACAUACGAAGUCUGGAGAGUGAACAAUUCGGUCCUAACGUUGAUGAGAGCCUUUUGAACGACAAGUGGGAGGAGCAGUGUCCGGAACAACUUGGGCAACUCAAAAAGGUAGAGGGAGAAAAGUGCCUGGCAAAGGAUGAACGAAAUGCAGAGUACCCAGAGGAGAUACUGGAGAUCGAGCGACUUCAGAAGAUGGCCAGGCCACCCCAAGAUGUAACAAAAAAUGAGGAGCUACCUGAGCUGCUCAGAAGGGGUAACUACGACAAGCCGAUAAAAUCCGCACUCGAGGCACGGGAGCUGAGAGAGAACGCAAUCGAGAUGAAGGGAAAGGCGAUCGAGGAGUGCGAGGAACAAAACAAAGAAUUCAAUGACCCGUCAAAGGCAGAGCACGGCUCGAAAGAAUAUGAGGUCGUGACGGUCACACAACCAAAAAAUCCCAAUGUCCACGUACAGCACGGCAAGGAUUCAAGAUCGCAGGAGAGUCUGGAGAGGACAGCUACUAUCUGGCAGGACGCUAUUGAUUCAGUUGACGACUCAUCCGUUGUAAAUGCACUAGAGCAAAAUAUACGGGGCCACAAUUUUACCUUGAGUGUUGGGCAUCAGAACCAGGAACCUGCACGAAUUGCAGAUGAGUUCGAGGUGGAAAGCUCCCACGGAAUUCGUACAGGAGGCGUGGAUGACACCACUGCAUAUCGCUAUACAAAUGCCUCGGAGAUAUUCGAACAGGAGUUAGGUGCCCGGGUUCGGGCCCGUCUACUCUAUGGGCAAGGCGUAGCAAAAGGUCAACCUAUGCUUUCUCGUCGACUCAGCGAGUCUGGCAUCUUUUCCAAGAAGCAAGAGAUAUUAUUCCAAGAACUGGUACCUGAGAACCCCGGACAGGCGGCACAAUCCAAGAGGCGAGCAGGCCGUGCUCCUGUGUAUGAUGCCAACGUGUCAGAUCAGGGCGAAGUAGCCUACUACAGCUCUGAUUCAUCACUGGAGAAUCAUGGUGGCGGUCCUCGUAGACCUACCUAUCCUUCAUAUAAUCGCCUCACAGCCCCCCAAAAAGAGCCUACAAGCUCAGAUAAACAGGAGGGGAUCGAAGCUAGACCUUCAACAGAUACUUCUACCUCGCCUAGAGGAAUACUAGAACCUCCCCAGGCGAAAUUUCCCGAAGAGCCUAAUCCUGUGCACGAGGGUGUGACUCCACUAAAAGAUGCGCUCGAGAAGGGAGUUCCUGCCAGAGCACGAUGGACCAAGAUUGACCGCCGACUUGUCAACCCUGCUGCAUUAGAGGCAGGUCUCGAGCGUUUCGAGGAGCGUCCCGAAUACGUCAUUGUUCUGCGAGUCUUAACCAAGGAAGAGAUUCAAGCGUACGCGUUAAAAACGCAGGAGAUCAGAGAUGCCCGGUAUCGACGACGCAGACGCGGCGAAUAA